CUCUCCGGAAGCGCUCGGCGGCGGCGGCGGUUGCGGGUGGUGCCGGGCCGGGCCGGGCCAGACCGGGCGGGCUGGUGCGGGCGAGGGAUGGAGGUGAUCAGAAGCAAUUUUAAGGAUAGCCUGAGCAAAGUCUGUGAAGCCAUCGAAGAGGCGGACUUCCUGGCCAUUGAUGGGGAGUUUUCAGGGAUCAGCGAUGGGCCUUCUGUUAGUGCAUUAACCAAUGGCUUUGACACUCCAGAAGAAAGGUAUCAGAAACUUAAAAAGCAUUCCAUGGAUUUUUUGCUCUUUCAGUUCGGCCUUUGCACUUUUAAAUAUGACCACACAGAAGAGAAGUAUAUAAUGAAGUCAUUUAAUUUCUAUAUUUUUCCAAAACCCUUUAACAGAAGUUCACCAGAUGUCAAGUUUGUCUGUCAGAGUUCAAGUAUAGAUUUUUUAGCAAACCAAGGAUUUGAUUUUAAUAAAGUUUUUCGCAACGGAAUUCCGUAUUUAAAUCAGGAAGAAGAAAGACAGCUAAGGGAACAGUAUGAUGAAAAACGUUCUCAGGCCAAUGGUGCAGGAUCUCUCUCCUAUAUUUCUCCCAAUACCACAAAAUGUCCUGUCACAAUUCCUGAAGAUCAGAAAAAAUUCAUUGAGAAAGUAGUGGAACAGAUAGAAGAAUUGUUAAAGAAUGAAGAAAAUGAAAGUUUGGAACUGGAGCCAUGUACAGGUUUUCAGAGGAAAUUAAUUUAUCAGACCUUGAGCUGGAAGUAUCCAAAAGGUAUCCACGUUGAAACUCUGGAGUCGGAUAAGAAGGAGAGAUAUAUUGUUAUUAGCAAGGUAGAUGAUGAAGAACGAAAAAGAAGAGAACAGCAGAAACAAGCAAAGGAACAGGAAGAACUGAAUGAUGCGGUAGGAUUUUCCAGAGUUGUUCAUGCUAUUGCAAAUUCUGGCAAGCUUGUUAUUGGGCACAACAUGCUGCUUGAUGUUAUGCAUACUAUACACCAGUUCUAUUGUCCUCUUCCUGAUGACCUAAGUGAGUUCAAAGAAGUAACAUCAUGUGUCUUUCCCCGGCUAUUGGAUACUAAACUGAUGGCGAGUACACAACCUUUUAAGGAGAUCAUUAAUAAUACAUCCCUUGCAGAACUGGAAAAGCGUUUAAAAGAAGUUCCAUUCAGUCCUCCUAAAGUUGAAAGUGCAGAAGGGUUUCCAAGUUAUGAUACCUCUUCUGAACAGCUUCAUGAAGCAGGAUAUGAUGCUUACAUUACUGGACUGUGCUUCAUCUCCAUGGCUAAUUUCCUAGGUUCGUUCCUCAGUCCUCCAAAAAAUCACGUGUCUGCUAGAUCAAAACUCAUAGAACCUUUUUUUAACAAGCUAUUUCUUAUGAGAGUAAUGGACAUUCCAUAUCUGAAUUUGGAAGGACCAGACUUGCAGCCUAAACGAGAUCAUGUUCUUCAUGUUACUUUUCCCAAAGAGUGGAAGACGAGUGACCUUUACCAGCUUUUUAGUGCCUUUGGUAACAUUCAGGUGUCGUGGAUUGAUGACACAUCAGCAUUUGUAUCAUUAAGCCAGCCAGAACAAGUACAAAUAGCUGUAAACACCAGCAGGUAUGCUGAAAGUUAUAGGAUCCAGACAUAUGCUGAAUAUGUUGAGAAAAAACAUGAAGAAAAACAGGCAAAGAGAAAAUGUACAGAAGAUAGUUGGAAGGAGAUGGAGAGAAAGCGGUUAAAAACUCAAUGCACACCUUACGUUUCCCAGAGUCGAUACUACUGUGUUAACAGUUUUACAGGUACCAGUACAGUGGGAAAGAGAAGCAUGAGUCCUAUUCAGGAAGAAGCUGGUUCUGAUGAUAUGGAAGAGGGAGAAGAUCCAGAGUACAACCAGACAGACUCCUGUGCAGAGCCCCUGCCAGAUAGUAAGAAGAGAGCCAAAAAGUUCAAAAAGAUCAAGAAAGAACAAGUUCCAGCAGGAAGCUUCACAAGUAGUUCCAAUGAAAUUUUUGAAGUCCCUGAAACAUGGUAGGAAACAACUGCCUGAACAAGUGGAAUUGAUUGAAAGCAGUUGUGAGAACACACCUCCUGGAAGCCAUACUUUAUUUAAAUAAAGCGGUGUUAACAAA